CUGAGCUGCAGGCGAAUCUGUUCCUCGAUCUGUUUACAGGGGAAGAAAUAAAUACACAGUGUGUGUCGGUGUCAGCCGUUCAAACAAAGCGGCGCUAUGAACGAACAGAAAUGGAUACAGACGUUAACUCGAUUUCAGGCUCAGUGUCGUGGUUAUACGAUGAGGAAAGGUCUGAGUUUGGUUCGGACUCAGUUUGAAGAGACAGUGCGAGAGAUUGAUGGAGGAUUGGAUCACCUGCAGUGGAGAGGAAACAUAAUUCCCAAACCUCACUUCACUGACACUGAAAGCCUAUUGCUGCAGUAUGAAUGCUCCAGGUUUCAGUCCCAUGACCGUCUGGAUGAUUCAGAGGGAACAGAAAACAGAGAAUGAGGGCAGUGAGAAAUCUCUCCCACAGUCUGAAAUCCAGGUACCAGAGAGAGACGAAGCUGCUG